UAUAACUACUACUAGUGAUCUACUACUAUAAAUUAAAAGUAUAAAUUAUGGCCGAAAUAUUAAAAGAGUGGCUAACCGAAAGGUUACAAAGGCCAAUUAAAUGGGAAGCUGAAGAAUUCGGCGAUAUGAUGAAAAAUGGGAAUAUUAUAGCUAACAUUCUACUAAGUUACAAUAUUAUUAAUGAUGAAAAGUAUUAUUUAAUAAGAUCCGGUUAUGCACUUGAAGAUCUCAAAAAUAAUUGGAAAUAUUUGACGGCAUGGCUAAAGGAUUUACGAGUCCAUUUGAAUGAAAUAGAUUUGAGUAAUAUUAUGGAAGGUAGAGGGUCAACCUUACUUCGUUUAUUUUACCAAUUAUUUCUUCAUUUAGAUAAAAAAGAUCGUAUAGAUUUCAUUAAAAGCGAGAUAAAAAUGGUCUCCAAUUUAAUUGAAAAGAUGGGCAAUAGAUUCAAAGUUAAUAGAGUAGAAGAAGACAAAGAAUACUUUGUUGACGAUCUUUCUAAACCACUACUAGACGAAAAACAAUUUAUUGAGUGGCAAAGAAAAAAAACAGAACAAGUUAAAGAGUUAUAUGAUUUCAUGAGACAUAAAUAUUCUAAAAUAUUAAAUAAAAUUGAAGAAUCAAAAACACCACUGCAACGUUUACCUCAAAAGACCCAAAAUAUAACAAAUAAAGAAAAAAUUGAAAUGGAAAAGUUUGCAUUGAAAUAUCCCUGUAAAUUUGAAAAUUAUACAUAUGAACAAUUACUUGCUUUGGAUGAAAAAGCGGUUGAAAGAAAAAAGUCACUUAUCGAUUCAGAAUGGGCAAAAAAUUAUAUGGAUAAUCUUUAUACUAGGAUGUACAAAAGAUCUGAUUCUGAGGAGUUUCAGAAACAAAUAUGUAACGUUAUUAGUGGAUCUCUGUGGGAUUUUUCAGUUGCUGAAGAGGAAACGAAGUUUGACAUUGAAUUAGCCAAAAAAGUUAUGAAACUUUCUCAGUUUGAGAAACAAAUGUGUACUCAAAUUAUGGAAACUAAACAGCAAGCACGAAACCUUGUUCAGAAUAGAAUAAGAGCAGAAAGGGAGUUUGCAGAUCAAAGAGAACAACAAUUCAACCAAUACCUUGAUAAUGUUAAAGAACAAAUUCAUUUGGAAGUCGUUGAAAUAGACUUUGAAAAACAAAGACAAAACAUGCUUCAUAAAAAAUUAUAUGCUGAAAAAAUUAAGAGAAAACGACAACGAUAUUAUGAAAUAUGUUACGAGACUCUGUUAUCAAUUAUUGAUUAUGGAAUUAAAUAUGCAUAUUUUAAAAAAUUAAUAGGAGGUGAUAUUCCUGAUCGUUUCAUUCAUGAAUGGAAAACAUUGUAUUAUAAACAACAACCUAUAUUUGAUAUAUUAGAUCCAAUGGAGAACAUUUUAAAAGAGCAAGGAAUAGAAGAAGAAUCUUCGAUUCAAGAGGAAGAAGUAAUAAGACUAGAAUUGAAUCGACAGGAUGCUUUAAAUGAAAAUGAAUUUAAAGAAUACCACAAUUAUUCGUAUCCGUGGGCAUUGGAUUUAUUAAUACCUAACUAUGAUCCUGAGGCAGAAGAACGAAAAUAUGAAUAUCUCGGUACAAAAAUAUUAGGUCACGUUGUUUAUACGUUAUUAGAUAUUAAGUAUCCAUAUCCACCUCCAAGACCGCCAGCUAAUUUGCCACACUUUUCUGUAAAGGCGCUAUUAUGUGGUCUCCCAGAUAGAUCGAUAACAAUUGCUAUGCAAACAUUACUUAAUCUACGACGAAUCCAUAUUGUUCGAGUAGAGUCUGCUAUUAAUUUUUGUUUAAAGAAGUUUAAGACUGAAAUGAUUGGAUGUACUGAUAUUGAAUUGUCUUUUGAUAAAUUUAUUCUUGCAGCUCAAGAAGAAGAAAAUAAAGAACUUCUUCAAAUGAUGAAAGUGGAUGAUGAAGUUAUUAAUAAAACUGGCGAUGUAAAUAUUAAUAUAGUUUCAGGUACUUUACCUUUAAAUACAAAACAAACGCAAACACCUAAAACAAUACCAGAAAAAGAGAUCGUUUUGUCCGCUGCCGCAGAUCUAGGCAAAUAUACUUAUGAAAUAUUAAAUUUUGGUGAAUCUUUAACAGAUCAUUUAUUAGCAGCUAUGAUAGUCGAAUAUAUAAAAGAUCAAGGAAAUAUUACUGGUUUUGUUCUUGUAAAUUAUCCAAAGACUUAUCGGCAGGCACAAAUAUUGGAAGAGACUUUUUCUGGUCGUGCUCCUCCUGAUGUAGGUGAAUUAAAUGACCGAGAUGAUAUUUAUUUAGAAGAGAGCAUUAUAAAACACCGUACAAAAGAGAUAGAUCCUUAUAAGGCAGUUAGAGUUUCUAAACUUGUAAGUGAUCCUCAUAAAAGGAAAAACGAUAUACCUUUUGACAGUUAUUUUACUUGCUACAUCAAACUUAAGGAAACAGAAGACAUUCUUCAAGAGUUUGUUAUAUGGAAUUUGACGGAAGAAAAUUCAGAACUGAUAGAUAGAUUUUAUGCUGCAUUGGGAAUUAACUAUAGUAUGUACUAUGAAGUUAUAGAAAAAGUAUUGUUAGCACAAAUAUGCAAAUACAUUAUUGGCGAUUAUACUAUGCCUUUAAAGUCUUGUGACGAAAUAUUUGGUGAAAAUGUCUUAAGUAGUCUUGAUUUUCCAUCCUCAGAUGAUAAAAGAACAAAAUCUAAAAUUGUUAAACCUGAGGUAUCAAAUAGAAAAUCUAAAGAAAAGAUACGACAAGUGUCUAAAAUCAGUAAGAUUUCGCUAAAUAAUGAACUGGAAGUUGUAAAAGCACCAAAUUCAAAUGAAGAAAGGCCAGAGACUAUCAACGUUUUUUUGGAGAAUGUAUCAGAUGAUAAUCAAAGUAGAUCAAUGACAAGUGUGAAAGAAAUAAAGAUUUUAGCUGGUGAAGAAGAUUGGAAUUAUGGCGAUUUACCUAUUCCUGAGAUUAUUGGUAUAGCGUUGGCAACUUGUUGGGAGGAAAUUGAAAAAACUUAUAUUUGUGAUAUGCAGCAAUUGUUUUUGGCUAAACGUUUGCAAAUGAAUUGUUUGAUACCAUAUACUAGAUUUAUUAAAGAUAAAAUGGAGCAAAUACUGACUUUACCUUCUCUUAAGCAAGAUCUAGUAAGUUGUUUUCAGAAAGAUUAUAAUGAAUUUGAGUAUGACUGGCGUGAAAUUAAUUUAGCUAAAAAUGAAUGGCAUUGUCGUGUUAAAGAAUUACAAAACAAGCUAUAUCACAUUUGCGAUGAAGGAAAAUUACAUGCUCAACAGCAAAGAUAUGCGCUUAUUUGUGAAAAUUGGGCUAUGGAAGAAUUAACGAGUAUGGCCAAUACGUAUAUAUCGUGUAUGCAGACAGAAUUAAAUCGGUCUAUUUUAACAUUUCAAGCAUUACAUGAUUUUUAUUUUGCAAUGAUAAAACGUAUGCCUCCAAAUGACAGACUUUCAUCUAAAGAUUUAACAAAAAUAUUAAAGGAAUCAGAAGAAACAUCUGGAAGCAGGAAGGGAGGAGAAGAUAAAGUAUACCGACAAUUAAAAGCAGCAUUUCAGGAACUGCAAUUAAAAAAUAUUAAGAUUGAUUACAGUAACAAUCCUUUUAAUUUAAUAAUAGAGAACAACGUUAAGUUUGCUUUGAAAGUUAUUAAAGACACAAAUGAUUCUUAUCGAUCACUGAUAAGUAGAGAGUAUAGUGAAAUUGCAAAAAUUACACCACCUGUAAAAAGGAAAGACGAUAAUAAUACAUCAGAAGAGACAAUCAAGUUUGAAGAAAUUUUUAUACAAAAGGCAUUAAAAUGUAUGGAAGAAUGGACAAUGGCUAUAAAUGGCGAGAUGUUUCGUGCUAGUUUACGUAUGUUUGCACUUCAAUAUAAAUGCUAUCAGGAUAUGAAGUUAUUUAAUGAUAAUAUUUAUAAUACAUUUACAGAAGUACAAAAUGAUAUUAAUACACAUUACAUGAAUGAGAUCAAGGCAGUUGAUCGGCUAUGCAAAUAUUUGCAAAUGGCCGUAGAAGGAGGGCGAAAAAUAACAGAAACUCUUAUUCUUGAACAUGAUGGAUUUAUUAUUGAUCCGAACCUUUUACAAUUUUCAACAUCUGAACUCUCUACUGAUAAAGGAGAAACCGUCGAGGUAGUUAAAGACCUAGAUUUUAAAGUUGGUCAGUUAGCUAGAUUACGUACACAAUUUAAAAUUGUUGCACCUACUGGCAUCAUACUGCAACAAGCUUUUAUAUAUUUAUUACAAGACUUUUUCUUCUUUGGUAAAGAAUCAUGUGAAGGUCCUUUAUUUCCAGAAGCAUGGAAUCGUUUAGAUCCUGAACAAGUUCCUAAAUUGGUCUAUCUUUUAUUUGGCGACACUUGUUACAUAGAUUGGAGGGACUUUCUUAUUUAUUGCUUAAAUAUAAGGUUUCCUACCUUAGAGGAAUUAUUGGAGAUGCGUAAAAAUUUUCGAUGUACUGAUAUUGAUUCCACUGAGCUCAUAUCUAGAAAUAACUUUCUGCUUGAAGAGCUUUGGUUCGAAGAAGAUUUUGAUCUGGAUAAUAAAUAUAGUCAGUUAAGAAAAAACUUAACUAAGCAUUUCUUAUUUGAAUUAUUUGAAACAUCUCAAGAUAAAAUGAAUUAUUCUGCAUUUCUUCUAGCUUUCUGUAAAAGCGUUAAUCCAAUUGAGGGAUUCACCUCAGCUUUAUCUAUGGCGGUUGGUAAAAAGAUAUGCUUUAAUUUUGAUGAAUGCCAAGAAGUUGUAUGCAAUUUGAUUAAAUUAAAACAAUAUGAAGAUAAAUGUUUAGCAUGUGUUCGUAAGUGCGCAUGCGAAUAUUUGGAUAAACUAAUAACGGAUGUAGUUAAUACUUGUGAGGGUAUAACUAUUAUAGAAUUAGAAUAUACAGAACCAUUUCCCAUUACUGAUGAAAAGAGUAAAAAAGAAAAGAGCAUAACAUCAAAGGUUAAAAAAAUAGAGAGUAGUCAGAGUGCACGUUUGCCAAAGAUGCAGAAAAGUACUAUCUCUAGUAAAAGUAAAAUUGCACAGUCUGCUAUAGAUGUUAAGACUACAUUCAUUUGUAAACCCUCUGAAGAGGAAACUGAUACAGUUAAUGAUAAGCUUCCAGAGAAAGAAGAAGUGGAGGAAGAGCAUAAAAGUGAAGUGAUGCAAGAAAAUCCAGACAUAAUAUACGCUGUUAGUCAAAAGGUUAUAUGGAACGUAUUACAAAUUUGCCUACCUUGGCAUUUUGUAUUACUUCCUGAAGAAAAGACUACUCCUUAUGUACAACAGGUAAAAGAUAUUAUGAAGCGUUUAGAAGGAGACACCGACAAUGGAGAAAUUUACGUUUGCAAAUUUGUAACUGAUUCAAACGUGUGCAAGCUUUUGCACAAGAUGAAAAAGUUUACAGCCAUUAACUUGGCCGUAGAAGUUCGUAAGGUCUUUAUAUGAAUAUCUCAUUUAUUUCUGAUAUUUCUUCUUCACUAUCUUAUUAUUUGUACUGUAAUAUUAUAUUAUUAACAAAAUUUAAUUUGUUACUGUAGGAAAGAUUCAAAGGUUCU